AUGUUUAGUCUUGGUAAGCAGGGAGCAGGGAUGGCAUCUAUGGGCUUCUUCUUGGUGCUGUUUAUAGAUUUGCUAUUUCUCUCUCUCUCCCUUCCCUUCUCCCUUCUCUUCCCUUCCCUUCUCCCUUCUCUUCCCUUCCCUUCUCCCUUCUCUUCCCUUCCCUUCUCCCUUCUGUCUUCCCUUCUCCCUUCUGUCUUCCCUUCUCCCUUCUGUCUUCCCUUCUCUCUUCUGUCUUCCUUCUCUCUUCUGUCUUCCUUUCUCUUCUGUCUUCCCUUCUCUCUUCUGUCUUCCCUUCUCUCUUCUGUCUUCCCUUCUCUCUUCUGUCUUCUCUUCUCUCUUCUGUCUUCUCUUCUCUCUUCUGUCUUCUCUCUUCUUUCUCUUCUCUCUUCUUUCUCUUCUCUCUUCUUUCUCUUCUCUCUUCUUUCUCUUCUCUCUUCUUUCUCUUCUCUCUUCUUUCUCUUCUUUCUCUUCUCUCUUCUUUCUCUUCUCUCUUCUUUCUCUUCUCUCUUCUUUCUCUUCUCUGUUCUUUCUCUUCUCUGUUCUUUUCUCUUCUCUGUUCUUUCUCUUCUCUGUUCUUUCUCUUCUCUGUUCUUUCUCUUCUCUGUUCUCUUCUUCUCUGUUUCUUUCUCUUCUCUGUUCUUUCUCUUCUCUGUUCUUUCUCUUCUCUGUUCUUUCUCUUCUCUGUUCUUUCUCUUCUCUGUUCUUUCUCUUCUCUGUUCUUUCUCUUCUCUGUUCUUUCUCUUCUCUGUUCUUUCUCUUCUCUGUUCUUUCUCUUCUCUGUUCUUUCUCUUCUCUGUUCUUUCUCUUCUCUCUUCUUUCUCUUCUCUCUUCUUUCUCUUCUCUCUUCUUUCUCUUCUCUCUUCUUUCUCUCCGCACGCAUGCGCCCUGUAUUCAACGAUGUCUGCUUGUGAAACUGGACUCUGGUGUCCAUUCAUUCAUUAG